UCAAGGCAGUGGGCUAAAAUGGUGGCAGUGGUCUGGACGGAACAGAGUCUAUUGUGCGCGGAGGCAUUGCGAAUUUCUUAAUAUUUGUUUUUAAUAAGUAUAGUCGGAUUUUACGGAUUUACUGGUUCUUAAAAAAGGAGCAAAAGAUGGGUGAAAAGGGGUUUCGGACACCCCCAAAAACAGAGUCCACCUCCCAAACUGGUGAAAAUGCAAGUGCUUCACUAGUAGAGGGAGAGUCUGAAGAACCGCAGAACUCAUCAGAGGAAGAAUCAGUGCAGCAGAGGUGUCGCCGUGAAAGGGGAUGUGAGCAAAAACUCCAACCAGGCUGCAAGAAGAGUGACUGUGAAAAUGAAUUGGAAUGCAAAAUGAGCAAGCCUCUUGGAGAUGGAGAGAAAAUUGAAGAAGGGGAACUACAGAAAGAAAUAGCCUCCCGGUUAACAGAAGCCAUUCUUUCACUCUUGAGUUUAUGCUCAGUUGUCCCACAUACACUUCAAGAAUUUUCCAGGCCGGACCUGGAUUUUGACUGUACUCAGUGUGAGGUAGCUGAACUUCAGCUGGUAACAGAAAUUCAAACAGAAGAAACAUCCUCACUAUCUCUCCUCUCCUCUUCUGUCCCUUCAUUCUGCAGGACAGAUCAGACAAAAUCAGCCAUCUUGGGCUCCUGGAAAAUCACUGAUGGGAGAUCAUCAUCUUUGCCAGAACAAUCCUUGGCGCUGGUUCAUCCCUGGAUAUCUCAUAAUGACACUCAGACAAGGAUACAAUCAUGCAACUUUCAAACGUUAUCAGUUACUGGAACUAGAAAAUCUGAGAACAGCUGCAGGAAAAAGAAAAAUGACUGUCAGACGACCAAGGGAAUUCAAUGCUUGAUUUCAAAACCUAAAAAAGACAAUAGAGGAAUAAUUUUUAAUGAUGGGCAUGUAGUAGAUUUUGGAGUUCAGUUGGGGACUGGAGAUGUCCAUAAAGAAAAAGGAAGCAAGGGUACAGCAUUGCCCUUAUCAUCCUCUUCCACCGCUAAUUCUGAAGGACAUUCUAAUCGCAGUACAUCAAUUCUUUAUUCUAAUAUUGGGGAAAGGGGAGAGCCUGUUUCUUCUACUUCACCUACAGAAUCAUCUGUAUUACAGCAAGGAGGAGGUGAUGAUUCUGGUUCAAGUUCCGAAAUUGAAUUCUAUGAUCCAUUUCAUCCAACAGAUGAGAGGGAAGGCGAAGAAGAAGAAGAAGAAGGAAAAGAAAUGUAUGACCCUUUUGAGCCAACAGGCUCAAAUCCUAGUUCUCCUGAAGAAAAAUCAGACAACUGUGGUGAAAAAUCUGAUCAAGAUAGUAAUGGCAGUAUUAGCACUGGGGAAGAUGAGACAAUAGAUACAGAGACUGUUGAAGACACUGAUGCUCAAUUAAAGAGAGACAGCAAAGGAACAGAGGAUUAUAUUAGAGAUACCCCGGAUAAUGAAUCAGAAAGAAUUGGAGAAUCAGGCAGCAAAGUUUCUUCACCCUUAGUAAAAGAAGAGGAGGAAGAUGGUAGUGAUGAUGAUUCAGGAACUGAAGGAUUGUCUCACUUAGAUAGGACAGGUGGAGAGAGUGAAGCAGAAGGAUAUACUUUGGAGGUAUUUGGAAUUGCAAAAGAUAGGGAGGGUUUUUUACCAAGCAGUUCUGCAGUAAAAAACAGCUCUCCCGCAGAAGCAGAUCAUCCUCAUGAGGAAGAGAUAAAAGCACUUGACAGAAGAGUAACAGUUACUACAAGAGACUCGUUCAAAUUAACUGACAAAACAAGUCCAAGAAUGUCACCUGUACAUGUUUCAUUGUCAAAUACAGCAGUGGAAAGUGAAGAUGGAGAUAUGGAUAAUAUGCUUCGGAAACAAGCUGGGAGAAGCAUUUCUAAAUCUACUGGAGUUGUCAUAAGCAAAUUUCUAGACUCUGAUUCGGAAAUUGAGGAAGGAGAAAUUGUACCAGCAGAUGAUGACCACAAUUUGAGACUCCCUAGAAGACUGUGUCAUCCAGUGCAAAGUCAGUAUACUGGAGGACAUUUUCAGACACCAUGCCGAUUAGUUACAAGGCCAAAAGAAACCUCUCUUUCUUCUCCCUAUCAUGGCAAGGCAGUAGGUAUUAUUCGUGUGCUUGAAGGCAAUGACUUCAUCUCAAUUCAUGCAGAAGAAGAAGAUGGAGUAGUUGUUGGUGGGGAUGAAGACGAUGGGGGAAUUGGAGAAAAUACAAGAAGUCAGCUAGUUGAAGAUGAUGGGUUUGGGGCAUGGAGAAGGGGUGUUGGCAUGGCUGACUUGAGAAGAAAAAUUGUCACCCGUAGGAAAGAACGCUAUAGACCACAUCCACUGCCUACUUGUACUUCACCCUCUCAAUCCUCUCCUACUUCUUGUAGCAAUUUAACAGCAGUGGUGCUAAAUGCUACUGGUUCUCAUGGGCCUGUUACUAGUGCUUCAAAUGUGACAGGGAGUUCAGUAGAGGAUAGCACUAUGGAUGGAGGCCUUGUUACUUCUCAUUCAGCUGAAGGCCCAGUUCAUGAUGGUGGUAGUAGUCAUUCUCAGAAAAAACGAAAGGAAACUUUAAGUAAAACAAUUUCUACUCCAAAAAAAGAGGAAGGAAGUGAUCGCAGGGAAGGAAAAAACAAACGAGAGAGCAAGAAGAAUAAGAAGCGAGCAAGGAGUGAGACUAGACAGAACAGGAAGGGAAAGGGGGAAAAUGCAAGUAGAAAACGAGGGAAAAAGGAGAAGGAGAGAAGGAGAAGCCGAAGUAAAAGUAGAAGUCGCAGCAGUCGAAGAAGAACACAUAACUUUGUUUCCAAUUCUCGUGACUCAUUUAAGCAUCGUUCACGGUCAUGGUCGACCCCAUCUGGCUUUGGAUCUAUUGAUCAUGGAUCUAAUAAGAGAAAACCUAGAGAAGAGAGAGACAAGAAGAAAAGGAGAGAAAGAAGCAGCAGCCGAAGCCAAAACAGGGGUGACCGUGAAGGAGAUCACAGGAGAAGAAAAAGGCACAGAGAUAAGAAAGAAGAGGAAGACACUAGAAAGUCUAGAAAAGGAAGAAAAAAGAGCCGAAAACGGAGUAGAAGUAGGAGUUCAAACCACAGCCAUAGCCAAAAGCGAAGAAGAUCCCAUUUUACUGAAAGUAGGCUUUCUGAGAGAGAUAGGGACAGAGAAAGAGAGAGGUUGAGCAUUCGUGAUGGACGCCCGGUAGUUCCUCCAUCUAUUCAAGAUCUCAAUGGCUCAGAUUUGUUUGCUAUCAAACGCACCAUCACUGUAACAACCACCACCACUACUACUGUCCCACAGACAAGCACCUCACCAACAAAUGAGAGAUCUUCUGAAUCAGACAAGCACAGAUUGGAAAGGGGAGAUGGAAAAUCAAGUAGUGGUAUCUUUUCCAGAGUUCGCGAUUCAAGCAGUAGCAGAGCAGACCUGAAAAGCAGGAGAGAGCGGGAGAGAGAAAGGGAGCGGGAGAGGGAAAGAGAGAGGGAGAGGGAGACACGACAUAGAAGAAGAAAAGAGAGUCCACUUUCAUCUGCAUCUCCUGCCUCCACCACACCACGCUCCCACACAUUAGCAUAUGAUUCAGAAGGCUAUUCAGAAAUAGAUGAUGAGAUGCUACAUUUGGGAGGAGUAAGGCACAGGAGAAGGAAAGAAGAAAACAUUAGCAUGAAGGUUAGAGAAAGAGAACGAGAAAGAGACCGAAAACUAGAGGCACAAAGCCCAGAAGAGGAGGAAAUUCUCUCUUUAGAUGGGGAAGAGAUGGAUAUGUCUGAUUAUUAUCAAGAAGAUGAGGACCACUCUUUUGAAACACAGAGUGAUGAAUUGAGAGUCAGGGACACAUCCAUUACUGGUGAACGCAGGAUUUCUAAAGCAGAACCUAUUAAGCGACAGCACCAGAAGAUCAAGCAACGAGUCAGCAGUUCUGGAGGCCACAUGGCUGACCUUCAUAGCACUGAAGGGCUGAGCACGGCUAUUGCUGUUCCAAGAGUGACUAAAUCCAUCAAGGGUAUGAAAGCAACAAAGCAGAAAGUAAAAGUCCCCAAAAAAAGUUCCGCUGCAGGCCACACAGUAGGACACAAGGCAAAGCUUCAGUCUAAGGUGUCUGUGCUAAUUAGAGAAGGUGUGAGUAGCACCACUAGUAGUACUAGCACAAAAUCAUCAUUACUUGCAGGAAGUGUAGCUAGCCUGCCAUCAUCAAAGGAUUGUUCUGUAACUCCUGGUGGAAGUUCAAUUGCUGUUCUUUUCUGUCGUGACAAGGAAAGCCGUUCCCCAUUUUUGAAACCCAGUGCAGUUUGUGACACGGGGACCAACAGCAAAGGUCUGCUGCCACCUCCUGGUUUAGAGCGGGAAGGUAGAAAGAUAAGAGGAAAUAAAUCAAACAAAAUCUCCAAGAGUGGCAGUGGGAAAAAGGUAAAGAUGGCAGCGUCAUCCACUGGUGGAGAGAGUGACAGGACUGGGGUUUUCAUAACUGUGACUGGAAAGCCAAAGAAGAAAAAAUCUCGCAGUUCAUCUUCAGUACAGAAAGAUGAUGGGGUGCGUGGUGGAUUUAAAAAAUCUAAGGCUGACAGUUGUAGUGGGCAAGACAUUGGCAAGAGUAAAUGUAUCGGAGGAACCUCUUCUAACACUCAAGAUGAAGGACUUGGACACAGCAUUGGUGGAGUGUCAUGGUCUGAGUCAGAGGGCAAAGUAAAACCACCAAGCCCGCCCCUUCCCCCCCCAAUGCAAGUUUCACCAUUAGUUUCUGCCAUUGGCCUCAAAAAAGACGCACAAGAUUUAACACCAGACUCUCAGACAGUGGAUAGUAGUUGCAAGACACCAGAACCUAGUUUCUUGUCUGAUGAACCCUCUUCUCAGAGUCGAGACAUCAAAGAGGAGUCAGAAAAGAGAGAGGGAAGUUCCGAAAGCUUAGACAGUGGCACUGGACUCCUUGGAAAUAUUUUUGAUGGGACUAAGGCAUGUGUAAUUGAUGAUAAAAAGGUACCUCCAUUACUGACAGCUUCUGACUCUAGUCUUGCUCAAGGAGAAGCAACAUCUUCUAAACCAAGUCAGACAACACCUCCUGGUGCAGCAAUAAUGCCAUGGAACUUACAGACUGGUGUAGACUGUGCAGCAGGUGGAGUAUUGGCAUUGACAGCUCUGCUUUUUAAGAUGGAGGAAGCUAAUCUUGCCAGCCGUGCCAAAGCCCAAGAAUUUAUUCAGGCAACCAGUCAGAUUCUAUCUCAAGCUAGUAAAAACUCCCAGGCUCCUAUUAGUGGCUCUUCCUCAUCAACUUCGUCAUCGUUGAUCCCACCUUCUGCACCUGCAUCACAAUAUAUACUUCAUAGUUCUUUACCACUUAUGGGCAAUACUCAAAAUUCUCCUCACCUUCACCAUGUCUUGCAAACUCCACCUCCUUCAAAUGUCAAUGACUCACAGCUGAUGUCUGGAACAAAAGGAAUACUUACCUCAGAUGAGCACAGAUGGACAGAUGUAGAAGGCAAAGAUUCAGAUAAGUACUUGAAGAAAUUACAUACACAGGAGCGUGCUGUGGAGGAGGUCAAGCUUGCCAUUAAGCCAUAUUACCAGAGAAAAGAUAUCACCAAGGAAGAGUACAAAGACAUUCUGAGAAAGGCUGUACAUAAGAUAUGUCACAGCAAAAAAGGUGAGAUCAAUCCAGUCAAAGUCAACAACCUGGUUAAACUUUAUGUCCAGCGGUACAAAUACUUCAGGAAACAUGGACGAAGAAUGGAUGAUGAUGACAGCUCUAGAGGCAGUGGAGGGGCGGUAGGGGGAGGUUCCUCAAGCACUGAUCUGCUUGGACUGCCUCCACUACCACCAAUGUAAGACUUGUCUUUGUUUGGGUGAUGUUCACAGCGAUACUGCUCCUACUCAAAGUAAUCAAUCACAGUGGGACUAUAAAGGAUUACUGUUAGAACCGGAAGGUGCUUAGAAGGCAAGUUUCUCUGCACAUGUUCUUUCAAAUAGGCACCUAGACAAGGAAAUAUUAGCAAGACCUGGUGAACAUGCUCAAGCCACAUUUUCUCGUGUGGCAAUCAAUUUUCUGAGGUGACCACAAGUAAUCAUCAUUUUUUUGAUUCUGCAGUGUAUCAUUCUGAUAGAUUUUUAAUUUAACUUUAUUUUUUAAGUCCCCCAGUGCAUAUUCUUGUUUUGUGAAUAGGAAUGGUCUUUUUUUUAUUCUUCCUGUGUAUCUACCUAUACCGGAAGUAAUAAUCACCUGUCUUUGUAAAAGGCUGCACAGCUAAUAAGCAAGACCACAUACACAAACUCUUGCAGAUAUUUCGCUGUGUGGGGGCAGAUCAAUUUUGCUUUUUUGGAAUUUAAAGUUAUACCUUUCUUCCUUUUUAACCUUCUGUACAGUUAUUUAGGGAAUGGAGGAAAAAGACAGUAUGUCAAAAAGGGAUAGCAGAAAUGCUUCCACCCUGUGUGACAUUUCUGUAAUGCUGUAAAAUUGUAUGAUUGUUAUCCAUUAAAGAAAAUCAUAAAUCUUUUUUUUCUA